AUGGACCCCUCGCCGGUAUCGCGCCUCCCCGCGGAGGUCUUGUGUCUCAUCUUCCUCGCCUGUGCGCGCGAAACGCGACCGACCUUCCUCAUCCAUCGCCGGUCGCAAAGACUCGUUCAACGGAAGUCGGGGUCCGGAUGGCUCGACGUUACCCAGGUCUGUCGUACUUGGCGUAGAGCGGCCUUGGGGUACCCGGUACUAUGGUCCUCCGGCGACCUCCCCCUCGAUAUGGGGCAGACGUGGGCUCGAGAGAUAUCCGCUCGCGCGGGUACAACGACCAUCAAAGUCUGUCUCACGUUCGCGGACUUCGAACCUCACGGAAUCCCAGCGUGGGUGCAGGAACUUCUACGUGAUGACCUUCAUCGCAUUGGAGAGCUGAGGGUCGACCGUGGGGAGGAUACCGCAUACCGGACGAUUGAGGGCCUUGGAGGCGAAGCCCCUCGCUUAACGGCCAUAUCCCUUUCCUUCGUCAAUCCCCGUACUUUCGUGCCCAACUCGAAGUUGUGCGACUUGUUGAACGCGCCUACGCUGCAGUCUAUCGCACUGGAUAAAGUGCAAUGCGAACUAUCGGAGCUAGUCUGGCCCCAUCUGCGCCAUUUGGCCAUACACCGCACGAACGUCGACCCUGCGCACGCCCUUCGGGCGUUAUCGACUGCUCCUGUAUUGGAGACCCUCUCCAUGAAUCAGCUCAUGACUUCUCGUGAAUCCCCCCGCAUCUCAAACCGAGUGCACCUUCCAAACCUCGUGGAGAUGAAUGUUAUCGGCGAGGAGCCGGCCGUCUUCGACCUCUGGAGGAACCUCGAACUGCCGUCGUUGGUGAAACUGAACGUCGCACUGUUCCGGAACUCGCAUCAUCUCGACGCGGACCGCAUGAUUUUCCUUCUGGGGCUCACUCGCACACACCUUCUACGUGCCGAGGCAAGUGGCAGGACUCUCGUGAAGUUUAUAAUCGACUUCUCGGCGUCCACCACAAUGCGGGUCUACUGUUCUUUCAACCCUCUCAAACCAUUCACCCAAUCAAACGCCGACGACACGAUCUUCUUCCUCUACAUCGGAAAUCCUCUCACUCAACCCGCGGAACGAGUCGGACUAGAGCAAAUCAUACAAGCACUGCCUCUCGGCCACUGCGAAGUACUCGACCUCUCCUGCCAAUCUUAUGUCAUCCCCGGCCGCGGGGAUCCGUGGUCAUUUGAGACCUGGUCCGCCGUUGCCCCGCGGGCCACAUGCGUACAUACGCUUCGCGUAUCUGGACCGCACGCCAGCGCUCUGGCGAAAGCUGCCAGAGCUUCACUAGAAGGUGAUGCGCCAGUGAUCAUGUUCCCAUUCCUCCAACACCUCUAUCUAUAUAGCGUCCCGUUCGGGUCCGGAGAUUCGGGACAAGACCUUACCGAGAGCGAGAUACCACAGCUCUGUACGGACCUGGUGGCGUGGAUGAAGCUGCGCAAGGACCGCGGGGUCACUCCGAUCCGCAAACUCGUCAUACGGGAAUGCGACCUGUACGCAGACUGGCUCGCCGCUUUUGAAGACAUCGAGGAUCUUCGUGUCGAGUGGGACAACGAUUCUGGUGAAUUGAAGAGGGUGUGA